AUGGAUAUCAUUGCGUUUACGUCCUUUGAUCAAACCUUUUACCAUCAUCCCUCCCGCAAAAACAAAGUUUGCAUCAGUUUCUAUCAAAGAUUCCAGCGAUUCGCCGUUGACGAUACCGAUGGAACCCUCGUCUGUACAGGACUGGACCCGCCGUUUCAUUUUCCCUCCCGUCAAAUAAACCUGAAUCUCAUCAGCCACCAAUUAAGCCCGAGACAUCUGUUUAGGCUGGUCGACUCUCGUCUCCAUGAUCGUACCUUGUCCCGUCGCAUCGCAGAAAAAAUCGCGGCUGAGGCGGUUCAAUACGUUGGGUUUCUUCAACCUUACGUCAUGUCUGUUUAUGUCGUUAAGAUCCAACAGGUGGUCUCUCUUAGGGAAAAAGAAGAAGAAGAAGAGUCUACUUCAUGUGCCAUCUGUUUGGAGGGUUUGUACAAGAACGAUGAGACGUUUGAUUUGCCAUAUUGUUCGCACCGGUUUCAUUCUACAUGUGUCGGCGAGUGGUUACAGAGUCAUAAUUCUUGCCCUCUCUGUCGUGAAAUUCUGCUCGAGGAGUAUGUUGAAACUGAUUUUGAUUAG